UGGGAGUGGCGGUUGUUUCAAGAUGGCGGAUGUGGCCGCGGGGCUGAAGCCGGAAGGAGCCGCUUACUGGAGCCGGGACCUUUCAGAUGAAGACCGGCAACCUGUGUACGUCCCAGGGGUUUCUGACGAGAGGAAUUUGAGACCCAGGCAACUGCGGAAAGGGCAGAAGACGGAAGCAAAGGCCAAAGUAGCAGCGGCUUCGAAUCCCGCCCCCAUGGAGGUCCUGAAAAGGAUUGGAGAAGAAGCCGGGCAGCAGGGGCCGGACAAAGGAGAAACGAAGAGUGCUUCUUUAAAGGAUUUAUGCCCCGAAGACAAGAGGCGCAUCGCAAACUUAAUUAAGGAGCUUGCAAGAGUGAGCGAGGAAAAAGAGGUGACGGAGGAGCGCCUGAAAGCCGAGCAGGAGGCGUUUGAGAAGAAGAUCAGACAGCUGGAGGACCAGAAUGUCCUCAUCAUCAAAGAGAGGGAAGAUAUCCUUUGGUUUUUAAACUAUUUGGCUUAAAACGGGCAGCGGGUGAGAGUUGGGGAGUUGAUUGCACGGAAUGAAAAGCCAACCAGGGAGAAAUAAAUUGCCCUAAUUUAUAGCUGGGCACCUAUCGCCCCCGUGUUGCCAUGCAGAAGCAAUCCGAGGGGGGCUACCAGCGGGGGCUGCUGGCUCCUUCGAGUUGGAAACGGCCACCCGGCUGUUCCCGGGAUGUUGCUUUUACUGCGCCAAGAGAGGUUUGUCGACGCAAGAACAGAGCAAAAAUCUG